CCACGCACGCGCGGACAGAGAGAGAAGGUUCCCGUUUGGAGCAAGAUUCCUGCCUGUUGCUUGUGUCUCGCGGGGAGAGAAUGCGGCGUUUUCUGGCGGGGUAGACACAUAGGGUAGAAAUAUUGUAGAUAGGGCUGCUGAUAAAAGAGAGCCUGCUGCUUUGUCCCAGGACAGAGAACUAGCCACUAGAAGCAGACGAAGCAGACGAGCUGCCCUGACGACCAACACAAACCGGAAAUGUCGGAACAGCCUCGAGGCUCCGCCCACAACGAUUCUGUGUCCGCGUGGAGCCGGUUAGAGGCCAGCCCGUACUACCAGACGGCCUUCUACCUGGGCCUGGUCUACCCCGGCCUCCUCUGUCUCCUCGGACUGCCCGGCAACUUGUUCAGCGCCCUCUACAUCCGGCGGAAGUGGCCGGUGGCGCCGCCCCAGGUGUACAUGACGUCACUGUGUGUGGUGGACAGCCUGGCGCUGAUGCACAAGCUGCUCAUGAUUCACCUGCCCACCCUGCACGUGCACAUGACGCCCCGGGGCUGCCAGUACCUGCAGUUUGUGCUACAGUGGGCCUCACAGAUGUCCAGUUGGCUGCUCGUCUUCCUCAGCACGUUCAAGGACAGAGGGGAGAGUGGCACGUUCAAGGACAGAGGGGAGAGUGGCACGUUCAAGGACAGAGGGGAGAGUGGCACGUUCAAGGACAGAGGGGAGAGGGGCACGUUCAAGGACAGAGGGGAGAGUGGCACGUUCAAGGACAGAGGGGAGAGUGGCACGUUCAAGGACAGAGGGGAGAGUGGCACGUUCAAGGACAGAGGGGAGAGGGGCACGUUCAAGGACAGAGGGGAGAGCAGCUGA